GUUUUCCCGACACAUCGACAGGAUAACGUGAAAGUAUUGCACUUGCCUGCAAAAAAAAAAAUCGAGCCCCAGCAGUGUUCUUUCUCUGCGGCAGCGAGUUUGAUUAACACUUCUUGCAGCACCAGAUCUAGUACCGCGCACGCUGCUCUCUGAGAGUACUACUACUUUCCAUGUGUUUUUACAUGGUGGACCACGACUUUGAUAUGAACAAAAGCACUACAGUGACCACGACCUCUUCGUUCUCCUACUAGCCGCAGCAGCAUCGCGAUGAAGAGCUCUUGUCCACCACGUAGGAUCUAGCUGUCGCUUCUAGUAGAGCGACAACUCAUUUGGCACGACGGGAGGAGCUUCUCAACUUCGAACCGGUUUAACAUCGAGUUCAGGUUUUUUUUUUUGCCGCGUUUUUUGUGCCACACGCCCAGGACCUCCUCACAUGUAGUUUCAUCUGUAGAAAAUGUGCUUAUGAAUCCUUUGACCUACUUGAAUGUUAUGAUAGAUUGUGGUGUGUGAUCAGCGACGAGCUUGUGAAACUCACAUAGCUCCUACUUCGUUUAGUCUGUCCCGUGGCUGCUCGUAGUUGAGACAAAAGCUAUGGUCGGAUUUCGGCUACUAGGACCCGGGUUACUCGCUCGAAGUCCACCGACGCUUCACCCCGACAACAGGCUCACUAGAGCAAAUUACAAUUACGGCACUGUCUAUGCGUACUUGUUCCUAUAAUAUUUUCUUUUUUCCUGCUUACCUGGUGCACCUACCCUAUGUAUUGUACAACUGUUCAGGAAAAUUAAAACGAAAUAAAAAAACCAGAAACAAAGAUGACGGCUUCCUCGCAUUACGAGCAGGCGAUCGAUGCGCAGUUCGAGAAGCUCGUCGAUCAGAAGUACGACAAGAACCACCAGAAGACGAAAGAGCAAAUAGAUGAGCUCAACAAAAACCUCGCCCGCGGGAACAACAGUUUUCCGGACACUGGGUACACGAACGGCACCGCGGAAGACUCAGAUUUGGAGGACAAGUGCCACAACGCGGCCCCGAUUGUUGGAUUCGACGAAAAUUGUGGCGACGCGGACCUAGACAGAGGGUUACUGCACACCGUCGAGCAGAAGGUGCAAGAUGCGAAAUUGGUUGAUGCGUUGAGAAAAGAUAAUGUGGGUGAAAAUGCUGGAACCACGACUGACACUGUGGAUAAAGAGACGAGCCUGUUGAACAAGUGCCAAUUUUUGGAGGAUGAGCUAGCUUUGCAUUUGAGGAACAAAAACGCAGAGGAGAAAAAGAGUUUACUCGAAGUCGACCCGGCACUGAAGGGAGAUUGGCAUCUUGGGCCGACGCCGGUCAGGAAAAACUUCGAUGCUGGUGCAGCUCCUCAGGGAGGUCCUGAUGUUGCUGAGGACCCGAAGACGAUCACUGUAGAGCCUGCGCAAACAGGAGGUCCCCAGAGCAGUAUUAAAGCUGCGCCUACUACUGAUGCCUCCUGUUCCACGUUGUCCAGUGCAGGCACUGCAGCUGGUGCAAAAGCAGCCGCUUCUGCUUCCACGGGGGAAGGAGCCGCUCCAGCAGCCAAGAAGCCGAAGGCCGCCGAGGACCAGAGCAAGCAGAGUAGCGCGACGUCGAAGUCACAGGAUGUUAACGAUUUCGAGAAAACGAUCCAGGAAACGCUUGGGGACGCAGAUCUGAUGUCAGAUUUCUCGAAUUGGAUGAAGCAGGUGCAAGGUGGGGAAAUGAAUGAGAUGGAAGGCAUGCAGGAAAUGACAGAAAUCAUGCAGGUAUAAAUACGUAAAACUAAAAACUUACUUCUGUGAAUCGUCAUAUUAAGAUGAAUGCGGAACUUGUCUUGCGUCGGGGCAUAUUGGCAUUUGUGAAGCAAAAAGUACACAAGAACUUUAACCACAUCAUGUGCGAUCUAUUUUUUUCUAUCAGGACCCGCUUUUCAAGGAAAUGAUGGAGCAAUUCGACAGUGUGUUGAACCUUAAUGGAGGCGGGGGAAACAACAACAAAUCCUCAAGUAGUUCGUCAAAAAGUGCAAAAGCUGCCAAGCCCGCCGCCCAGCAAGCGAAGCCGAAGCCAAAAGUGAAAAAGGAAGACGUCGGAAAGAUGAACACUGAGGACAUUCUCGGAGUGGUGGAGCAGAGCUUACAACCGAAGACGUCAUCGAACGUGCUGCCACCAGGUGGUGUUUCCCCAAGUGGUUCAGCAGCUGCGGGUGCUACUGCUACUGGAGACAAGUUGCAAGAGCAGAAGCCACAAUCAUCGCAGCCCGCUGUGAAAAAGGGCUUCUUCAACACGUCGGCGAAGAAGGACCCCGCCGUCAAAAAGGGAUUUCUGAACAACGCGGCUGGUGGUGGGAACAAGGCAAGGAAACUGAGCGCGGAGAAAAUUGCAACUUCUGCGCCACGAGGAGAAGCAGGAGUAGGAGCAGAAGGAGGGACAGCAUCAGCCGCACCUCCAGCUUCAGUGACGGCUUCUGCUGGCUCCUCAUCCUCUUCUUCUUCAAAGCCUGCUGCUGUGGCUGUCGCUUCACUUCCACCUGCUUCCGGCACUACGCCACCUGCUGCAACUGGUGAAUCAGGAGAAGCCUUAAGCGCGCCUAGCAAUGCUGUCGGUACAGAAGAUGUUGACGUCGAGAUGAAAGACGCAGCCAGCGCCGCACGACCUUCUGAAGCUGUAGAUCCCGAGCCUCGCCCUGCAAAACCAGCUUUCGACGCUUUGCUCGAGGAAUACGCACGUCCUCCACCACCAACCCACGAGGAGCUGCUACUGAUGAAAGGUAGUUGUAAAAAAGCAAAAGGAAAGAAAGGCAAGGACUUGUUCUUUGGAAAUAAAUCAGGUAAGGACUUCUUUUUAGGCCCUGGAAAAGGUGGGCCCAAGGGAAAAGACUUCGCUGAUUCUUUCGAAAAAGGCUCAUCUGGGAGAGGUCCCAUGGACUCCGAGUCGGAAGACGAAGAGGAAGACGCAAUGUUUGAUGUAAAGGGCAUCAAAGGCAAAGGUGUGUUUCAUCCCGGCGAGGACGAUGGCGUCCUUUUUGACAAAGGGAACGGCAAGAAGGGCGAGAAGAAGGGAAAGCCGCGACUGUCCGAAGAAGAGCAAAAGGCCUUGCUCUCCCCGGAGGAGCUGGCUGCGUUGAAGGCACAAGCGCUCGAGAGGCUGGAAAGAGACAAAGAUCCGGAGAACGAACUCGCCAAUUGGAAAAUCAAGCAGAACAUGCAGAAAGCGGUCCAGCGACUGGCCACCGUUCCUGGUCCCCUGUCGAAGGGAAAAGGGAAAGCUUCGGCUGAAAAAGUAGGGGCUACUGCAAAAGGUUACACAGCAGCGCAAAAUGGUACAACAGUGCUGCAGCAGCAGGAGCAGGACAACAAGCAAGAUGGCUUGAUGGUCGACUACGACUCUGCAGAGAACGACAACUCGCCAGCUGUUAAUAAAACCGGACAAGCAGGAACAAGCAGCAGCACAUCUUCAGCAUCCAAAGUAGGCACUGUUGGUUCCGGUAAGGGAAAUAAAGACCACGGGAAGAAGAAGGGCCCACUCGGUACAGCUAGUGGAGCAAAAGGAAAACAGCCUAGGGGCGGGCCGCUCUCGAAGGUUCAUUUGGAAGAUCCGAGAAGGCACGGGAAAGACAGACUCGGCAUCACCGCGGCACAAAAGGCCUUCAACAAAAAUGUCUACGACAAAACCCUGGAUGACCUGCAGGAGUACUAUAAAAUUUGUUUUGCUAGUUGUACGAGUUGGAGGUUCCUCUUGGGAGCCGCAUGCAAUGAAAUUCGAAAAUGAGUACGAAUCUAUCAUGCAUCGAUAACUUUCUCCAUCAUCAGUUUCAGUUUAUUCAAGUUCAAAAAUUUUCUGAUCGUGAUGCGCAGGAGCACUUCUUCGUAGAUGAUGAAAUUCAAACUUAUUCAUUCGUCAACGACAUACAGAAUGGUUGCCGAUGAUCCCGCGCUUGCCCACGAUUUCGAGAAGCUACUUACCUCCAUGUUAGGAACGGACGUGAUUCAGGAGGCCUGCACGAACUGCGCGAUUUGCCUGGAGCCGUGGUUGAACGAGUUUUACGAGAACCGGAAGACGAAUCCCACCUACACAGACGCGGACUACAACCGCUACCAGAAGAUGCUGAAGUGCUACAAGGAGGUCACGGUGAUUCUGUCGCAACCGCGGCACAAAAUCACGCCGGAGCAACAUGCCGCGUAUCGGAAGUGGGUCGAGGAGGAGUACGUGUGGAAGGACAUCGACCGGUACUGCAGACAGAGGUAUCAAGAGGAACAGAUGUACUUCACGGAAAAUUUGCGGAAUAAAUCGUAUCGAAUUCUGAAAAACGGGAAGCUGAAAGAGAUCAACGUGCGGAAAAAAGUCGCGUUAAAACACGGUCUGGACUACGAUUCGGACUACGUGUCCGGGGACAGUAUUCUCGACGAAGACUCGGAGGAUCGAGAAGAUUUUGGCUCUACUAGUAGUAGCAGCUCGGACGACGAUUCGAUGUCCUCGUCUUCGGAGUCAGAUUCUGACUCCCCCCUGGGUGGCAGGAGUGUAGUUCGUAGAAAUAACGACAACGAUGAGGAUGACCAGGUCUCUGUUGUGGAUGACGAAGGAAACAUCGUGAGAAAGAACCGCAAGGACUUGACCGAAAAACAACGGGCCGCAAUAGCAAAAAUAGAAGACCCGGAGCUUUUGAAGGUGGUCCAACUUCAAUACGAGAAGCUUCCGCCCGCGCCUUUGGAGGGCUCCAAACCCGCACGCGAUUACGAGGGCAGGAAGGAAGAUGUUAAACUGUAUUCGUGCAAGGAAGAGAAGUGGUUGGACCGACGGGAGGGCUACAGCAGACCCGAUCCGGAUGAUACAGAUUUAUCAGACGAGGGAUCCUUGUACGACCACGAUAGCCAGGAUAGCCGCGAGCAGGAGGACUAUUCUUCAGACGACAGCAGUGGAUCAGAUUCAGAAGAUUUUUCCGACAGCUGCUCUAGUGCUUCUUCAGACGAGCGUUCCGACGCCGAUCCUGACAAGAAGACUGGAACAAGAGACGAAAAGAAAAAGGAGAAGGCCAGCGAUGAAAAUAAAAAUGAUCCUGGACGACGAGAACGACAACCAAAACCCAGCAAGUACAUGUACUACACGCUCUCCGAAAACGAUCUGACCGCAUCUGAUUCCGAAGAUGCCGAUGAGUUCGAAUACGACCGAAAAUUCCCGAAAAUUGAAUCCGACCCCGACGACGAAAACUACCCGAAUAUCCACACGAGCAACUGGUACCGCAACAAGUUCAAGCGCGCGAUGAGAUUAAGGGACCUGCGGCAGAGGGCGGACUUCAAAAAAAUUCGCGAGGAGAAAAACGUGAAAAUCGUGAAGUGGGUGGAGGUGGAGGACUAUUUGCAGAAAAAAGAGAAAAUCAAGCAGCAGAAGAAGAACCCCAAAGUCCCGAAACACGACAUGUGGUGGCGGGAGUGGUGGCAAAGUGAGCUGCCGGUCGACGAAUUGCUGGACUACCGGGAGCAGCUGCAGAAAGAGAAGAAGCACCCGCUGAAGCAGGAGGAGCAGAAAAGGGUCGACCUGCUGAUGGCGAAGCUGGAGCAACUGGGGCAACUACCGAGCGAAGUGAUGAACAUGAUACACGAAAGAGGGUUCGCAGCGCAGCGGGCAUUUGUGGCGAACGAGAAGAGCGAGUUCGUAGAUGUGAAAAGACAUCAAUCGGAGGAAGGGAAAAAGACGGAAGCAGAGAGGGACAAGCUACUAGCGGAGGAGUUGUUAGAUAAGUACACGGAGAAGCGCAUCCAGAAUAACCCGGUUUUGCAGCACAAAAACAACGUUCUGGCGGAUUUGGAACAGAAAAGGGAAAGAAGGGAACAAGUAGAGUUUGAAAAGACGAUGAGUACUACUACAACAGGGACGAUGAAAGGACGAGAUAAGGACGGCGACAUAGUGAUGGUGGACGAGGAAGACAUCGAAGAAGAGGACGAAGCAGACGGCACGAAAAUCGGGUUCAACAAAACGACGAUUAAUCGCAGCUGCGACAGUACAACAACGAAGCCGAACAUCAGUUUUGAGGACCUGCUGCCGAAACCGGGGAACAGUGAAUUCGACCACUUUCUAAGAAUGUACAAGCAGUCGUGCGGCGAUUUGGGGCAGCAGUUUCUGACCAAGGAAGAUCGGGAGCAAUUUCAGCAGAUCUUUUCUGGCGGGUUAUUUGGAGAAGACUUAAAUGAGAAGGAUAAAGACGGAACUAACACGAACACAAGCGGAAAGAAUGACGACCAAGAAGACAGCUUCGGCAAGCAGCUUGGGCAGUGGUUUGAUUUCUUGAGCAAAGAUUUGGACAAGCAACUGCACCCGGAAGUUGUAGGGCUGAAUAGUAAAGCACCUGACAGCGCUAAAAAUCAAGAUAAAAUCGAGCCAUCAGAUCCCGCGCCUGCCGAAACAAAUCCGUCUGAAAAUAAGGAGAAAGAAAUGGCGGAAAAGGGGCUCGGGGCGAUCUUCAAGCGCUUUGAAGAAGAGUACGGCAAGAGUGAUAGCUUAUCCAGCGGAGGUGCGGGGAUAUCCGCUGCGGAAGCGGAGAAAAAACUUCUUGCUGAGAUGCAAGCCGCGACGGCCGGUGGAGCAACAGGCGAUGAGAACAUCAACCCUGGAAACAUUAACAACCUGGAAGACUUCCUUUUCGGUGCCAAGGGUUUGUUUGAGAACGUAAAGCCGAAUUUCAACGAGAUUUUGCGGGGCGGGAGCGACCCGAAAUCGUCUUCGAGCGGGUCUGGAGGAGGUGCCGUAGCGCCUUCGAGCUCAGCUGGUGGUCGUGCGACCUCCAGUGCAAGUGCUUCUUCUGGAGCGGCCCCAGCUCCUGCUGCUGACAAGACGGGCACAAUUGCUCAGGCCGCUGCAGGAGAUGCUGCAGUCGCGAAUACGAAACCAGAAGCUGGCAGAAGUUCUAUUCACGCUAUGGAAGUAGAUGAGAUAGCGGGUCAAUCAAAUAAUCUCUCAGUGGCACCACAGCAAGCUGCAGAAGCACAGCAAGAGCCCGGCGAUGCGAAUGCGGCUUAUUCCGACAACAUGAAACCGCACCGUUGCUCCCCUCCAAGAUUGACGAAAGAGCAACGAGCAAAAUUGGUCAAGAACUUUCUGGACAAUACCGACGACCACGAGAUCGCGGAGCAAAUGAUUGAGCGGCUGCAACAAAGACGCGAGGAGGCGCUGCUGAAGCGCGCGGCAGUGUGGCACAAACUGCAAGACAAAUUCCGGCGGCCGCCGACGUACCAAGAGGAACAAGAGGCAAUCGCGAGGAAACGCCGGGAAAGGAGGAAAAGAAGGAAAGAGGAGUUCGAGAAGAUCCGCUUCAAAUCGAAAAAACGACCAGCAGCCACGGGGGAGGAGGGAAAGGACAAUGGUUCUCAAGAACAUCAGCAGCUUGAUGGUCCGCACAAUGAGAAUGACUCCACCACCUCUUCGAAGAAGACUAUCAAUCUCCUUGGGGGCUUCACAAGCGUCACAGUCGAAAACGAGCAGCACAAAAAGGACGCUGCGGUAGCGAAAGAAGCGAAACGGGCGAAGAAGUCCAAAUGGGCCUCGAAAAACAGAAUUUCUGCCGAGGAUAAAGCCAGAAGCUCUACUAAGAAGAAUAAACGCAGCAUCACUGCCAGAAGUCGGGGCAAUUAUGUUGACGACGGUGCGCAAGAGAUUGAUGUACAAAUAAAUGCCAGCAAUGUCAAGAAGCAGAAGCAGAACCGCAGCGCUUCCCAGGAGGAGAAAUCGAAGCAAGGCCUGGAGGAACAAUCCGAGCAAGUGAUUAUCCAGGGCUCGGUUUGGUGCUUCCCAAAGGUGGUGACGUCACACCGGAACUACAACCUGGAUAAAGACAACAAGCGGACGAGAAGGAGAAACAUGCGACCUGUGAAGAAGGUUGUGUACGCGGAGUGUACGGAACAGGAGAGAGAAAAUCUGAAGAAGAACGAUCCCGACGCGUUUCGAAGGGUGAAAUCCGGUGUUGGGGCAACGGUUCCGAAUUCGGCGCUGGGAGAAGAGGUUGUACAGGGAAUAGAUGAACAAACUUCAUCCCCGCGGCCGGUAAGGGAUCUCAGUGACAAAACAUUCAUAAUCAUGAAGCCAAAAAACAAAAACCCCGUGGCGACGACAUCCUCGACGAGCCCCUUAAAGACACAUGGUGAGCAGCAAGACAAAGACUGCAAGGUGCAGUGAUGAAACUUCGUCUGAUCUUCCUCGUUUGCCAGGAGAAUUUCGUUUAUAACAACGGUCCGCCUCCGCUUGCUUUUCCUUUUUCUUCCGCUCAAGCGUGCGGCGCGUAGUAGCCUUACGCUCUUCAUCCUCGUCGCGAUGUUGAACACCGUCUUUGAUUCAUAUCGGGACAUCAAGAAGCUCCAACUACGAAGAGACAAAAAUGUGUGUUGAACCAC